AUGCUUAUGGACCACCUCUUUCAAAUAACCUGGUUGCUGAGUGCUGUCGCCGGGCUGGAGACAAGGUGGUUUCAGCAACCUCUUGAUCACGACAGCAAUUCCUCUGCUACGUUUGCGCAGCGAUACUUGGUGGAUGACUCGGAGGCUGAUGACGAUGGCCCCGUGCUUUUCUUCUGCGGCAACGAAGGUGACGUGGAGGUCUUCGCAGACUUCAGCAAGUUCCUGAAAGAGGCUGCAGCCUCCUUGCGGGGCAAGCUGGUCUUUGCAGAGCACCGCUUCUACGGCAAGAGCCUGCCCUUUGGCACCGAUUUCGACAAGGAGCACGUCAGGUUCCUGACGGUUGAGCAAACCCUGGCGGACUAUGCUCAACUGAUUACGUCCCUGAACGCCGACAUGCAGCGCAAAGUCGUUGUCUUUGGUGGAUCCUAUGGCGGAAUGCUGAGCAGCUGGAUGAGAGCCAAGUACCCGUCUCUCGUCUUCGCCGCCGUAGCGUCCUCAGCACCUCUGCACUUCGACCGCGUCGGAUCCUUCUUCAGAUUGGUGACAGAUGCUGCGGAGGAAAUGGACCCAGGCUGUGCUGGCCGGGUGCGCACGGGCUUUGCUGCCCUCAAGGCAGCGAGUCCUCGAUCGCUGCAGCGUGCGUUUGGGCUGUGUCGCCCACCUUUGGACUUGGACGAGCUCGUUCUCUGGGCUCGGAACGCCUUUGUAACCGUCGCCAUGGGCAACUACCCUUACGCAGGGGACCUCUUUGGAAAAGGCUUGGAGGCCUGGCCGCUCCGCGCGGCCUGCCGAAGCCUCCGCGAGCCCCUGGAGCCCCUGGAGUCGCUGGCAGCGGCCGUGGGCUCCUACUACAACGCCACAGGCGAUGUUCACUGCCACAACAUCAGCCAUGAGUACCGGGACUGCGCCGAUCAGACCGGCUGUGGUACAGCCGACUCCCCAUGGGGCCGAUCGUGGGACAUUGAAGCAUGCCGGCAGAUCGUGUAUUAUACGCCUACCGACAAUGUGAGCGACAUGUUUCCGCCUAGAGCCUGGGGCCUGGCAGAGCUCUCGCGCUACUGCCAGAGAACGUGGGGACUGCAGCCGCAGCCGAACUGGUUCUUGCCAUGGAUGUCAUCUGUGAGCAACAGCAGCCGCAUCGUCUUCACCAACGGCCUGCUUGAUCCGUGGCGUGGCGGCGGGGUGUUGCACUCUCUUUCCAGCACGCUGGUGUCGCUGCAGAUACCAGGGGCUGCCCACAUCUACGAUUUGGCCGGCAGCCACAAGGACGAUGUUCCUGCCGUCCGGAUCGCCAGGCAGACCGUGCUGAAUCUGCUCCGGAUGUGGUUGGACACCCCUCAGACUCGUCCUGAGCACUGGGUGGUGUAA